UGAAUCUCACCUUCGUGAGCAUAUCAUCGAUCACUGAUUAUAAUUUGAACAAACUUUGAUAUAUAUAUAUAUAUAACUUGAGAAAAUGGCUUCAACUGCUGAGCAAUGGCAGCUGCUGGAGAAUGGCAACAUCAGAGGGAUGAGCAAGGAGAUUACGAAGCAUGGCGGCCGGACGACACAUAACAUGUCGCCGUCGUCGCUGCGUAAGAAAUCUGAUCUGUCCCUGGUCUCCAAGGUCCCUUGCGGCAUCCUCAGAAGGCUGCUGGCUAACUCUCAGGAGGUUAUUCUUGGAACUAAGCUCUCCGUUCUCUUUCCGGCCAUCCCCUUUGCCAUUCUAGCCCACUGCUACGGCUUUGGAAGACCAGGGAUUUUUGCUUUGAGCUUACUGGGAAUGACGCCUCUUGCUGAACGUGUCAGCUUUUUGACAGAGCAGAUUGCCUUCUACACCGGUCCAACAGUGGGAGGGCUGCUGAAUGCAACAUGUGGAAAUGCCACAGAGCUUAUAAUAGCACUGCUUGCUCUCAUCCAACACAAAGUAGAUGUGGUGAAGUACUCUCUCUUGGGCUCCAUCAUCUCUAACCUUCUCCUCGUUCUUGGUACCUCACUCUUCUGUGGUGGCCUUGCCAACCUCACUAGGGAACAAAAAUUUGAAAGAAAACAAGCCGAUGUGAACUCGCUCCUCUUGAUGCUGGCAUUGUUGUGCCACAUGCUGCCCAUAAUGUUCCGGUAUGCUGGAAAAUAUGACAGCGCGACUGCAGAAGUGACGCUUCUUUUGUCGCGAGUGUGCAGUGUUGUCAUGCUUGUCGCUUAUUUGGCCUAUCUUGUAUUCCAACUGUGGACACACCGACAAUUGUUUGAAGCACAGGAGGAAGAAGAUGAAGAGAGUGAUACUGUGAUCUCAGAAGAAGAACCAGUGAUUGGAUUUUGGAGUGGAUUUGCCUGGCUAAUUGGCAUGACUUUGGUCAUUGCUUUACUAUCUGAGUACGUUGUGGGAACAAUUGAGGAUGCAUCAGAAUCAUGGGGUUUAUCUGUCAGCUUCAUCAGCAUAAUAUUGCUACCAAUCGUUGGAAAUGCAGCUGAACACGCUGGAGCGAUCACAUUUGCUUUCAAAAACAAGUUGGAUAUAUCCUUGGGAGUAGCUUUAGGAUCUGCAACUCAAAUUGCAUUGUUUGUGGUUCCACUGAACGUGGUCUUCGCUUGGAUCAUCGGUGUGAAGAUGGAUCUUGAUUUCAAUCUCACUGAGACCGGCUCGCUCGCUCUCUCAAUUAUAGUCACAGCUUUCACUUUGCAGGAUGGGACUUCUCAUUACAUGAAAGGAUUGGUUCUUCUGCUGUGCUACAUUGCUAUUGGGGCUUCUUUUUUUGUUACUCAAUCCCCAACAAAUCAAUCAAAUGAUGUCAAUUUGGGAAUUCAUUCAUCGGCUUGAGGAAACUUCAGGGCUCGAUAGCAAUGUGAGAAACUCAAAUAAAUGAAGAUAUAUGUACAUGCUUAAUUAUGAUAUU